AUGGCGACUAGAGAUUUGGAUGAAGACCACAUCCUGGCCGCUCUUUUAGAGAGUGAUGAGGAGCCGCCCUGUGCUGACAUUGACAACGAAGUUGAAGAUCACGGGAGCGUGGAUGAAAUCAAGAACGAAGAGGUAGAAGGUUUUGUGGACAAAGUGAAGGAAGAAGAAGCAGCAACUCUAUUCGAAAUUGACCACAUGGAGGAAGAAGGAUCUUAA